ACACGGCCAAUCCCCCUUCUAGUAGUUUGUAUAUAAUCAAUCCUACUUCUCUAAGCAGUGAGCAGCUUUCCCUCGUUAACCCCAGAGCACACGUAAAGAAAUCUGAGGCUUAAGCCCAGCGCGAGCAGCGUCGAUCAGCAUCCAUGGCUUCUUCCGUCCUCCUCCUGCACACAAAGCUUGCAGCUUUCGUCUUCUCCCUGUCCCUUCUUCUCUCCUCCGCACUUGGGGCGAGGGUGGUGUGCGAGCAGCUGGCGGCGGAGCUGUGCGCGUUCGCCGUGUCGUCGACGUCGCGGCGGUGCGUGCUGGAGAACACGCACUGCGCGGGGCGGCCGACGGCGUACCAGUGCCGGACGUCGGAGGUGGUGGUCGAGGACGGCCGGCUCGCGGGCACGGUGGAGACCGACCGCUGCGUGCGCGCGUGCGGCGUCGACCGCGCCACCGUCGGCAUCUCCUCCGACUCCCUCCUCGACCCGCGCGUCGCCGGCGCGGUCUGCUCGCCGGCCUGCCUCCAGGGGUGCCCCAACAUCGUCAACCUCUACGCCAACCUCGCCGCCGGAGAGGGCGUAGCUUUUUCAGAAUUGUGCGAGGUACACCGUGCGAACCCUCGCCGUGCCAUGGCACAGCUCCAGAGCUCCGGUAAGGCACAUGGUGCUUCCACCACGGUGCGGUUGGAUGCUGCUGCUCCUUCACCGGCGCCGGCGCCUUCAGAGUCAGCUUAAUUGGACCUUUGAAUGCAUGUUGUUAUUGAUUUAUAUAGAUAAUUUAUUACACCAUAGCUCGCGGAUUGGAGGGCUGUAACAUUUUUACGUGAUGAACAUGCAUUAUUGUAAUACUUCAAGAUUACUUCCUCCUUUCUCAGAUCUUGCUUCUUUGCACAUUUAUUUUGUUGACGUGUUGGCUAGUGAAUUGAUAAGGAAUUGAUUUUGUAUGAGGCUUUGGAUUGCGUUUUCA